AAUCAAUCCGGCGCAAGGCAAUAUUCACACGUGCGCUCGCCAAUCUCCUGAUUUUCUCAGAAACUCGCACGCUUGUGCUCUCUCUCUCUCUCGCUGUCGCUCUGCUAGUGCUCGAACAAAGAGCCUCUCUGAGCUUUUUAGUUGAACUGAAAGAUGGAGCUAGAUACCAUCAGAGAUGCAUUUGACCGAAUUUCUAAGAAGCAAAAGUUAUCUUCUUCUAAAUCCCAAGAAGUUAUUGACCUAGUUGGCCUUGAAGUUGAACAGGCGUUGGGAAACAUCCAGUCAGCUCAUGACAUCGCCUCCUCCCCUGUUGAUCAGAAGUCCAUACUCACAUAUCUUAAACUCAAGCUGAAUGCAAUUGCUCCUCUCCACCAGUUAGAAGGGUCACAGAAGGAACUAAACUUAAACCUUAACAAGUACCAGAAAUUACUUGAAAAAUUCUUCAAUCCUGACAUAUCAAAGGCAUAUAGAAAUGUGGACUUUGACUUCCACAUUGUGAAUCAGAUUGUUGCAGUCCAUUUCUACCGGCAAGGCUUGUUUGAUCUUGGUGAUAGCUUAUUAAAUGAAGCUGGAGAACCAGAAGCAACUGCAUUAAAAUCUCAAUUCUUGGAUUUGCAUCAGAUAAUUGGGGCUGUAAGAGUUAGAAACCUUGAGCCUGCUCUGAAGUGGGCCUGUACAAAUCGUGAGAAGCUGAAGCAGAAUAGUUCAAAUCUUGAGCUUAAACUUCACAGGCUGCAGUUUGUGGAGAUUUUACAGAAAGGAACCCGAACCGAUGCACUUAACUAUGCCAGAGCUUACCUUACCCCAUUUGCUUCCCUUCACAUGGAGGAGAUCCAGAAGCUUAUGGCUUGCCUCUUGUGGGUAGGAAGGCUUGACAGCUCCCCAUAUCACGAGAUCACUUCUCCAACCCAUUGGGAUAAUUUGUCUGAAGAGCUGACCCAGGAAUUCUGCAGUCUCUUGGGGCAGUCCUCUGUGAGCCCAUUGACCGUGGCGUUAGCGGCUGGGGUUGAAGGGUUGCCUACUCUUUUAAAGCUAGCACAUGUAAUGUCUGCAAAGAAGCAGGAAUGGCUGGGAAUGAAACAGCUGCCAGUGCCAGUUGAGUUGGGGAAGGAGUUUCAGUUUCACUCGAUAUUUGUUUGUCCUGUGAGUAGGGAUCAAGGCAGUGAAGAGAAUCCUCCAAUGCUGAUGCCGUGCUUGCAUGUUCUUUGCAAGCAAUCAAUCAUGAAGCUAUCAAAAAGUAGCACGCGAACGUUUAAGUGUCCAUAUUGUCCAGCAGAGGUUUCAGUCGCACAGUGCAGGCAGCUGUAUUUCUGAUGUGAGUUUCUGAAUCUCUCUCUCUCUCUCGGACUAAAGAAAAUGUCGUGGCAAUGAUGUGUUUGGUAAUGGCUGAUAGUGCAUUGCAUCUGUGGUUUACUAUUAUGUAUAUAGAAAUUCUUUCUAGAUUCCUUUGUGGUUUUUGAAAGACCAAUUAAUUAAAGAAUAAUUUAGACAAGUUGUUCAUACAUUAUUAUAGUGAGGUGGUGACCUUGGUUCACUGAUCUCGUCGUUUCUCCAUUGGACAAAGGUCAAGAGGGAAGACAUGCAUCAACCUUUCAGGUGAAACAUGCUUGAUUUCAGCUAAGUUUCCUUUGUAUCCAAUGACAAUGGGAAGGAGCAUUGUCUCCGCUCUUAUUAUCAUCUAUUCAAAAUUCUUCUAA